AUGUCUCCUCACAUUGCCCCACAUAACCUCUGUGCAGGUGAAGAAAAGGUUAAGCCGAUUGAAAAUACGGAGAGCCCAACAGAGUACUAUCUGGAAACUUUAAUCAGUGAUGCUUUUAAAGGAAAAGGAUUUCAGAAAAUAUCAGAAUUAGUUGAAGAUAAAAUAGCUUGCUCUUCUCAGCGAUACAGCAAAGUUCUCUUAAACCAACUCGACAGACUCAUAAAUAAGGAACUGGAUCGGAAUGAAUUUAAAAAUGUUUCGUUAUUAUUGAAAUGCAUCCAAUACUUCUGUAAGAAUGACUGUCAAGAGGGAUCAUUGAUUCGACAAGGGCUGGUCGCAAAGAUGGUCUUAUGGUUUGAAAGAACAAUAGACUUUUUGAAUAUUUCUGGAAAAACAGACCCCUUCAUAUCUGCUCUUGUUGAAGACUUUUAUGACACUGCAUUGGUUAUUUGUAAAGGUAACUGUGAUGAAGGAAGAAAGCAGCUGUUGGACUCAUUUUUGUUUAGGCUUGCACUAAUAGUAACAGAAAAAUGGCCACCUUGCCAUGUCCGUUUGGAGGCACUGAGGACUUUAAAUUUCAUCCUGGAUAAUUGCUCUCGAGAGGAAAAGAAGAGGCUUCAGUCUUGUGAAGAGUUGUGCAUACUAACGCAAGAUUUGGCAAGAACUAUAUUAGAGGCUGGAGACUAUGAUAUCCAAGUCGCUGUUUCUGAAGCUCUGUGCAGGAUGAUGGUAAAGAAAUGGAGGGAUAGUUUUGCGUCACGAUGGUUUGGGGAUGGCAUUCUUACUGAAGCCUUUAAAGAGAUUAAGGAUAAAGACUUUGAAACAGACUGUAGGAAAUUUUUGAACAUUUUGAAUACAAGACGCCAGGACAAAAGAGGGGUUUACACAUUUCCUUGUAUUACAGUUCUUGCCGAUAUGGAUAAGUUAAUAAAACCACAGGAUGACAAACUAGAACACUUUUGGAUUGAUUUCAAUGUGGAAAGUCAGUGCAUUUCUUUCUACAUACAUAACACUGAGGGAAGUCUUUGGGAUUCUGUCAGACUGCAAAAGGAUGAGCUGAGCAGCUACAACCUGCAAGAAAUUGAUGGACAAAAGAUUCUACAUUUGUACCUGAAAAAGCCUCUCCUAAUUAACAACAAAAAUGUCACGAAAGUCAAAAUCUAUUUUGAACCAGAGCUUGAUAUUCAGAAUGCAGUGUGCAGAGUCUUUAAUGGAGAGGGAAGUAUGGUCUCGAAGAUAUGCAGUGCUCCAGCAGUAGAAAAAGAGAGCGUAAAACCAGCAGAGAUGGAGUCUAGUAAGCCAUCGAAUGCAGUAAGAACAUCAAGUACAACGUAUGAACAGUGGAAGAAUGAUCAAGCAAAUGAAGAGAAAGUGGAAUCCUUGUCAGACAUUCUUUUUUCUCAGACCAGUGGGUCUAUAGGAACUAAAGUAAGUUCUGGAGCUGCAUCAACUCCGAAGAGAAGCGAAGUAAUUGAUUCACAGGAAGUGUUGAUAGAAUACGUUCCACUUGAAGCUGUUAUUCCAGUUUCCGAAGAACAACUGAGCACAUCGGCGGACCAUGGGGAUUCCAGGGAUGUAAUCCUGGAUGAUUCUGCAGAUGUCUCAGAUGUUGUUGUGCAAGCUCCCACAAAGUUUUCCAAGUCAAGUGCUCAACAGUUAAAAGUACGAAGUCCAGAGAUCCAGGCUGCUAAAAAGAUAGCAGAAGAUUUAUAUGAAUUUCAGUUUUCCUCUGAUUCCCCGGUUUGUGGCAAGGUGAGCGAAUCAAAAGAGAAGAUCUUGGUACCGAAAGCCUCAACUUAUAGAAGGCAGGUUCUACAGACCAGUCCGGAUGAAAAACAGACUAGUAAUUACAAGAGCCAUCUUUUCUCAGAAAGUAAUGGAGUUGCUAGUAAUAAUCAAAGUGAUAAGAGCUGGGUCAUCAACUUUCAAAAAAAGUCUUCAACAAAGUCUGCAAACUAUAGCCGUAAAAAGAGAAGACGCCAUGGUAAUCUUAAAGUUUUACCCUUAUCUUCAGAAAGUAGCAGUGAGGAAAAGGAUUCAAAAAGCAGAGGUAACAUGUCCAAGUUUACUUCUCUUAAUAAAUAUUCAACACCAGACAAAGGAAAAGCUAAAACUCUGUCUUCUGAGUUAAAACUCCCCGGCAUUUCAAAUAUUUUAACCCCUGAAGAAUCUCGUGUACAAGAUUCAGCUUUGCUAAACCCAAAUGACUAUGAUGAUGUAAUGGACCCACUAGUAGAGACUUCCUCUCCACAAAGCUCUAAACAUUCAGAAACCCCAGCAAAGUAUUGUUUACGGAGUGCACUUAAUGAUCGUGGCAGUGUGGAGAUGAAGGACCCUGGAGUAGUUGAGUAUUUGAAAAGGAGAAGAUUGAGCCAUGAUGCAAAUAAAGGCAGUGAAAAUUUUGAUUUGAAGCCAAAGAAGCUUUUCAAGUCCAGCGAGAAGAAAGCUGUUCCAGUGCCAGCAGAUAUUGAAGAUGAUUCAAUGGACUCAGACAUUCAUGAGCAGGAUUUUGGAGAAGCCAGUGUAAUCACAGCUUUUGAAAUGUUUACCAAAGACCUAAAGAAUAAAUUUCUGUCUAGGUACAAAAGAAUGGAAAUCCGAGCUCAUAAGACAUUGGAAGUCUCUCAUCAGAAGGUGUCUAACUUGUUGGGUGAAAUACAACAAUGCAGAUUACAGAAAUUGAAUAAUUUUAAUAAGAUUGUUGUUCACGAGCUUUCCAGUCUUGAGGCUGAAAUACAGUCUUUGAAAGGGCUGGAAAAUGAAACUGUGAUGUUCUGGGAGGAACAUUCUGAAAAAAUGAGCACAUUUUGGGACAAUCAGAGACAAAGGAUUAAAGCCAUUGAUUCUAAGUUUGAUGAGAAGAUGACCAAACUUGCAAACACACUUGAGAAAACUAUAAAGGAUGAAAUCACAAUGAUUCCUGCUACCAAUAUGUCCACAAAUUGAUUAAGGACUGAAAGAUUGAGGUGGAUUUUUUUUCAUUUUUUUUUUUUUUUUAUUGAUCAUACAUUUUCAUUGGGUCUCAGAGGUG